AUGGGACCAGGCAUUCAAGAUUAUCCCUUACUACUGCAACGAGGGACACUGAAAAAGGACAGCCCAAUCCAUGAAACCCACAAAGGAAUGGUAAUUUCCAGUGGUGGAAAGGGACAUCCAAGUACCAAACUACUAGAGAAACCACUUUCCCCUGUGAGACCUUCUCCCAGCAGAUUAAGCAAAAGUAUUUUAAAUACCACCAAAAAGACUUUCCAUUGCACCCAGGAUGAUAGUCAACCAAGUUUUCUUUACAAGGAAAGAAACAGGCUAGAUGAGGCUCAUCAGCAAAACAGAAUGAUGAGUGUUUGCACAUCACUGUACAAAGUACGAGGGGCAAAGAAGGACCUCACAGAAAGAAAGCAAAGUGAAUCUGGACUACACAGAAUCCCUUCCAAUUUGAAGGGGAAUUCACAAGGUGGCUCCAGUAGGGCAGAAGAUGCACUGAUGCAAAGAUUUUAUUCUAAUCAAAAAGGAGAAUCUCAAAGAAGUCUUGGAGAGCAUGUGACUGAAGCUGUCCGUUGCACUUCUAAAUAUCCAGGGACCUCUGUGAAUGAGAUGUUUCUUGACUUUCAAUCAGUGAGAAUUAUUCAAGAGGAUGCUGCUGAGGACAGUGCCAGUGACCUUUCUGACUCAGAAAGAAUUCCCAUUCCCCCUUCCCCCUGCACACUGCCAGAACUCAACCUCAGAGCUGAAGAAAUUGACCCAGCAUGUUUUGAACACCUCUUUGAUGCAGGGUAUAAAGAAUCAAUGUAUUAUUAUCCUGACUUCCUCCCACCUCCUUUCAACUCCUGGGACCUGCAGCAGCUGGCAAUGUUUGUUAACACAGAGUGUAAAUCGGAAUCUCGACCACAACCAGCAGGAUUUAUUGAGAAAUAUAUCGAUCGGCUUUUGCAGCUGGAGUGGCUGCAGGUGCAAACUAUACAGAACGAGAAAGGAAAGACAGCCAAAGCUAGGCCUCAGACGGCUCCUAGUAUCAUUCGGACCCAAAAAAGCCCUGGCAAAGGCAAAUCAUUGCCUAGCCCUUUGCCUAACAAGCAGUUAACUCCCAAAGAAAGUGUGAUAAAGCUCCCCACCAGCCUUUCAGGUCACAGAAGAGAUGUACACUGUGAAGAAAAUAGCCAGUUAAAUGCAUAUCCAAGUCAUUCAAAAGUUGCUGAGGUUAUGGGUGGCACGUCAUCCCCACAGAAACAUGCCUGUGAAAUGAGGAAUGAGGUGAAAAAGAGGUCAGCCACCAAGCAGCAACUUCUCAAUAUGCAGCCCUGUGCAAGCAGCUCUAAGAUUCAGGAUGUUGGUAUUCAGGAUAUUGGCAACAUUAGACCACUCAAACAAUGUCCCAAGUUCCAUAGUUCAGCUGCCCCCACCCAGGGGCAAAAAACACAGGCAUGUUCAAAUCUGAAGAAGAAUGGAAAUGCUAAUAAUUAUGUUCCUUCCAAGAAACCAACAGGGGACAGGAAGUUAAAAACAAAUGGUGUGAAGCAAACAUCAUGUACAUUUAAAUAA